GCUGCGAAAACUCCCAGAAUAAAAUAUAUAAAAAAAUCAUAUUUUUGUAAACGCUUCCCUUUGUACUAUCCCAACAUGGCUUUCUCCGCAGCCCCGUCGUCCUCCGCCGCUGCUUGCACAGCCCAAACCUACCUCCCGGCGCAUUCCCCUUCCCGUUCCCUUUUGCCCUUCAAAGUCCAUAGAUUUGCGCCUCCUUCUUCUUCCAUUACUCGUUCCCCUUCCGUUCACUGUACGCUCACCAAGCAGCAGCUGAUGGUCGGGAAGGAGGCCGACCCGGCCGCGGCUCUGCAGCGGCCGGACUCGUUCGGUCGGUUCGGGAAAUUUGGAGGGAAGUAUGUUCCAGAAACCCUAAUGUAUGCCCUGACGGAGCUUGAGGCCGCCUUCAAAUCACUUGCCACCGACCAUGAGUUUCAGAAAGAGCUAGAUGGGAUAUUGAGAGACUAUGUUGGAAGAGAAAGCCCACUUUACUUUGCUGAACGACUUACCGAGCACUAUAAACGCCCUGAUGGGAAAGGCCCUCAUAUUUACCUCAAAAGGGAAGACCUUAAUCACACUGGGGCCCACAAAAUCAACAAUGCUGUUGCCCAAGCUUUGCUUGCCAAGCGUCUUGGUAAGAAGCGUAUCAUAGCUGAAACUGGAGCUGGUCAACAUGGUGUCGCCACGGCGACAGUUUGUGCUCGGUUCGGGUUGCAGUGUGUUAUUUACAUGGGUGCUCAAGACAUGGAGAGACAGUCGCUUAAUGUAUUCAGAAUGCGCCUUCUUGGUGCUGAGGUUAGGGCAGUUCAUUCUGGGACUGCCACACUGAAGGAUGCUACAUCUGAAGCUAUACGUGACUGGGUGACUAACGUGGAAUCAACUCAUUACAUAUUGGGAUCAGUUGCUGGGCCGCAUCCAUAUCCUAUGAUGGUAAGAGAAUUUCAUGCAGUGAUUGGUAAAGAAACACGGAAACAGGCACUGGAAAAGUGGGGUGGUAAACCUGAUGUGGUUGUCGCAUGUGUUGGUGGAGGCUCAAAUGCCAUGGGUCUUUUUCACGAAUUUGUUGAUGACAAAGAUGUCAGAUUAAUUGGUGUGGAGGCAGCAGGUUUCGGCCUAGAAAGUGGUAAACAUGCCGCCACUUUGACUAAAGGCGAGGUUGGAGUUCUCCAUGGAGCUAUGAGCUACUUGUUACAGGAUGAUGACGGGCAAAUAGUUGAACCACAUUCUAUUAGUGCUGGGCUAGAUUACCCUGGGGUUGGACCUGAGCACAGCUUUCUGAAAGAUGUUGGACGGGCUGAGUACUAUAGCAUAACUGAUGAGGAGGCUUUGGAUGCUUUUAAGAGAUUAUCUAGGCUAGAGGGCAUUAUCCCUGCAUUGGAGACAUCGCAUGCACUGGCUUAUCUAGAGAAGCUGUGCCCAACUCUUCCUGACACAACUAAGGUUGUGCUCAAUUGUAGUGGCAGAGGCGAUAAGGAUGUUCAGACAGCCAUUAAACAUUUAAAGCUUUAAGGAUCCUUUGAAAUUUUGACUCUCCUCUUUUUCUUCUUUUCUUUGGAAAAUCCUAUGGAGGAAAGAAGCUUUUCUUGUAUGGAUGAAGCCAUUGUAACUCACAAAGAAGAUGUUGCUCCUUGGCAGUCUGCAUUAGCUUCAGCACAGUUCAUAGGAGGGUCUAUCUGAUGAUAUUUUCCGAAGGGUAGAAAUUGGUCUUUAGUUUAGCAGACUGUCUAUGUUAUAUGGCUUUCUUAUGGCUGUUCGAUUAUAGCGUUCAUUAGUAUGUUGGUGUUUGUCUGAUGUUGAAAGGCUAUCUCUAGAUGGCUGUUAAAAAUCAGAGUCAGGUGAAAAAAUAAAAGCAGCUCAUUGGUUCA